AUGGAACCUAAACAUAUGACUGAAAAAGAAAAGAUGAUUGCUGGAAUGUUAUAUUUAGCAAAUGAAGAUACACUUGUAAAAGAUCGUAUUGAUGUAAAGGAGAAAUGUUAUGAUUUUAACAUGAUUAGACCUUCACAGAGAAAGGAAAGAGAAGACAAGAUAAAGACUAUUUUCGGAAAGAGUGGAAAUAAUCCAUUUGUAGAGUCACCAUUUAACUGUGACUAUGGAUACAAUAUCACGGUUGGUGAUAACUUUUACUCUAAUCAUGGUUUGGUUAUUUUGGAUGUCGCGCCAGUCACUAUUGGAAACACGGUUAUGAUGGGACCAAACUGUAGUAUCCUAACAGCCGGUCAUCCAAUCGAUGUCCAACAUAGAAAUAGUGGUGAAGAGUUUGGAACCAAAAUCGAUAUUGGUUCAAAUGUUUGGCUUGGAGGAUCUGUCACUAUUCUCCCAGGUGUUACCAUUGGCGAUGGAACUGUCAUUGGAGCUGGCUCUGUAGUCACUAAAAGUAUCCCAGCCAAUUGUAUUGCUGUUGGUAAUCCAUGUAAAGUAUUAAGAGAAAUCAAUGAUGCUGAUAGAGCAAAAUAUAGAAAAUAA